AUGGGUUUAGUUCAGUUCGAGGAUGGAAAGGUCCUCUAUUACCCAUAUACACCUUCGACUGCAGCUAGCUAUGGCUUCAUGGCAUGCUUUGCCAUUGUCACAUGCGUACACAUCGUCCGUGUUGUGCAGACCAAAAGGCGCUUUUUUAUCCCCAUGAUCCUUGGUAGUAUAUGCGAGACAUUUGGAUAUUAUGGUCGCGCUUGGGCCGGUCAACUACCCAACUCGCCCAGGCCAUUCAUGUUGCAACUCAUGCUCAUUCUUGUCGCACCGGUGUUUAUCUGUGCUACCAUAUACGUCACGUUAGGGCGACUAAAACACUGUAUCCUCGGCCGACCUAAUCGAAAAUGCAGCAUAACAGUACUAUUUAUUCUUACCGAUAUCGUGGCUUUCUGCUCUCAGAUCGGCGGUGGUCUCGUCCAGGUCACCGGCAAUCUCGACCUCAUGAAGAUUGGAGACCAUGUGAUUUUAGGCGGCCUUGUCUUUCAAUUGAUAGUUUUGACUAUUUAUCUAGGCCUGGUCUAUAAGUUCUGGAGGGAAGCUAAAGGACAGCAUGAUAUAAAUGGUCCUCGGUGGGAGCCUUUCACAGCAGCGUUGGCUGGAACGGUUGUAGCAGUCUGGAUUCGAAAUCUGGUUCGUGCAAUCGAAUUCAUGCAAGGGUUCCAUGGUUUCAUCAGCGAAAAUGAGGCCAUGAUAUAUAUCUUUGACGCCUUUCUGAUGUUACUGGUUAUGGUAGCCUUUAUUCCAUUCUACAAUAGUAGUGGUAUAGUGCCACAGCACGUCAAGGGAGGAUGGGAUGCUAUCGAGUUAGGUUCUUGA